AUGGUGAUACGAGGUGUCAGUGACCUCAGCUUCCCCUCCAAAAGCUGGACUCAGCACCUAGCACAGGUCAAGGAGGGAUCCUGCAACUGCAACCUCCACGCCCGACGGUGUCGCUUCAACAUGGAGCUCUACAAGCUGUCGGGACGCAAGAGCGGAGGAGUCUGCCUCAACUGCCGGCACAACACCGCGGGGCGGCACUGCCACUACUGCAAGGAGGGCUUCUACCGGGACCUCAGCAAGCCCAUCUCCCACCGCAAAGCCUGCAAAGAGUGCGAUUGCCAUCCCGUGGGCGCCGCCGGGCAAACCUGUAACCAAACCACAGGCCAGUGUCCCUGUAAGGACGGUGUCACCGGCAUCACGUGCAACCGAUGCGCCAAAGGCUACCAGCAGAGCCGGUCUCCCAUCGCCCCCUGCAUAAAGAUUCCUGCCGCUCCCCCCACCACUGCCGCCAGCAGCACAGAGGAGCCUGCAG